ACUCUGGGGCCCUCCAACUCCCCCUCCCCUGGCAAGGUAAAGUUUAUUACCUUUAUUUUACUGUAAAGUGUAAGUUGAUGAUAUCAACAAAGAUCCAUCCAUCCAUUUUCCAAACCGCUUAUCCUACUGGGUCGCGGGGGGUCCGGAGCUUAUCCCGGAAGCAAUGGGCACGAGGCAGGGAACAGCCCAGGAUGGGGGGCCAGCCCAUUGCAGGGCACACUCACACACCAGUCACUCACACAUGCAUUCCUACGGGCAAUUUAGCAACUCCAAUUAGCCUCAGCAUGUUUUUGGACUGUGGGGGAAACCGGAGUACCCGGAGGAAACCCCACGACGACAUGGGGAGAACAUGCAAACUCCACACACAUGUAACCCAGGCGUAGACUCGAACCCGAGUCCCAGAGGUGUCGCGCAACAGUGCUAACCACUGCACCACCAUGCCGCCCAUCAACAAAGAUAAUUUACUAAAUACAAAACCCUCAUUUUCACUUUUGUAAAAAGCAAUACACAGAUGAAGCAGAUUUGUCGUUGCUGUGUACGAAGUGAUCGCCCGGCCUCGGGGCCCCCCUCACAGCUUACAGCCCCUGCCCUGUAUUGGGUUAUGUAACAUUUGAUAUUAUUAUAAUGCCUUACAUUAUCAAAACAAGAACUUUGAAUUCUAAUCAGUUUAACUUUUAAAAGGUAUAUAUACACAAAGUAUAUAUAAUAUAAAAUGAAAAAUACUUUUGAAGCAUCCUGUUCAACAAACCAUGAAAUAAUAAAGGGUUGUGUGUUAUAUAUCAUUACUUUUUAAACGAAAUACAUUUAGUUUAAUGAUAAUUUGUUAACCUUAUGACAUUUCAAACAGCACAUUCACGAAGCCUUGAUUUUUACACUGAUUGGCUAAUAUAGAUAUAUUUUUCCUGGGAAUUCGAUUAGGGUUUGCGCAUCUCUGAAGGCCGAGCAUGAGGAGGGAGGGAAGAAGGGCGUCGGACAGCGAACGCCGGGCGGCAGACAGACAGGCCAAUGAUCGGGAGAAAUGCUUGAGGCAGCUUAAACACGGGCUUCUGCGCUGAGAUCACAGCCAAAUUAAGGGCAGAAAUUAAAUCAAUAAUGAGACAUUGCAGUGGCACUUUACCAGGCUGUCCGCGCAGCACGGCGGAGUCUUCGUAUCACACCCUGAACUGCUACUUAUACGCAUCUGUGAGAGAAGCCGUAUGAGAUCAGAUCCGAAUCAGAGGUGAGAACUGCUUUUUAUUCAAAGCCAUUCUGUUUGUAGCUAAUCUGUUUAUAAUGAGUGGGCGCUGGUCAAGCAGAACGAACAAUCCCAACCACACCGUUGCUGUGAUAAUAAUUAUGCGUCUGUUAAAUUGAUGUAUGAGUGUCCAUUGGAAUGUAUCACAUCAAUGCCACUGUAAUAGUCAAGUGGUUUAUUUGAAGUUUAUAUAUCUGUACGUGUGUGUGUGUGUGUGUAAACCCAUCACUGUCUGUUACGUUGUUUUUACAUGUUUAACCUCUGAGAACUUUGCCGGCCGCGGGUAAAUGCAAAUGAAAGUGGGACACUUUUGCUCGUUCAGGUAGGUGCCUGUGUUUGACCCUUUGACAUCGUGCAUAAUAAUUAGCAAACCCGGUUUCACGCUCUGCAUUUGCACUGUUUUAGUGGUUUUAAAUAAUAUCUGAAAAUAAGUCAAAAUAUAAAAAAUUAACACAUGAAAAUACAGAGCUGGUCAAAUUAUUCCCGUACACUACUGUUUGGAUAGGAGUCCUUCAUCAACUGCUCUCUUGGUGAAAAGCUUUAUUCUCUUUUUAUUGUUUCAAGCUUGACACCGUUUCCUUAACGUUGUGAACCGAUUCAUUUGUUUGUUAAUAACUAUUUCAGUUAAUAUACUUCUCGAUCACCCAUCCAUCCAUCUUCUAACCUAACGUAGUCAGGAUCACAGGGGGUCUGUCCCAUCCUGUAAUUUGCUCAAAUUUUACUGUCAACCUAUAUUACUGCCAGGGUGUAUUGAGUAAUUUCAUCUUCCAUGUUCUUUCAUCUCCAGUAACAACCUCCUUCCAUGUGUCAGUGCUGUUUGGUGAGCUUCUCCCAGGUUUCAUCACCAGUUGUGUGUGUAAUCCAUCACUCCUAAUCCGUCUGCUGUCCGAGCCCCCUGAGGCAGUCGCUGACCCCACACAGGACCAAAAGGAGCCCUGAUUUAUGUCCUUUCCUCACAGGGGCUGUUUUCCUCCCCAGAGGAGGUUGGGGUAAGAUGGACACGUCACAGCACUUCAAUGAUCACCACACCACCAUCUCCUCCUCUGCAAAAUUCUCCAAUUCUGGUAUUCACAGAAGUUACCUCAGUAAUGUCACCCAGAGCCACAAUCUAAUGAAGCAGAAGCAUCUGCAGCCUGCUAUGACUCCUGCUCCUCCCUCUCGGCGCCAGAUGACUUUCCACCUGGACUGCCGUGCCCUUCAGCUCCUAUUCCCUGGCCUCAUCCUCAAUUCACCUGCAGAGACAACCCUGGCCUGCAUCGCUGUGUUUCUGCUGGCCGUUUUCUUUGAGGGGCUGAAGGCUGGCUGUGAGGUUCUGCUGCAUGGGAGACAGACCGGACCGGGUCCUGACACCGGAGCUGUCCCUAUGCCUGAUGGGAGCGUGCAGACAGAAAUGCAGCCGUCGGCUAGCCAGCAGAUGUUCAGCCUGUGUCACCUGCUGCAGGCCACGCUGCACAUCACCCAGGUGGUGCUCAGCCAGCUCCUCAUGCUGCUCUUUAUGAGCUACAAUGGCUACCUCUGCACGGCUCUGGCCGCCGGCGCCGGUCUCGGCUUCUUCCUGUUCGGCCGGAAGAAGGCAGCGCCCGUUGGUGUCCCGGCACACUGUCGCGGAUGCUCUUAUUCUGCAGACACUCCCCCCCCCUCACUUUGAACCGGCCCACCUGGACAUGCCAUUGGUCGGCUUGCUGCCCCAGUCUCUCCUCAUUCGCAGGCAUAGUAAUGGACUGAUAUCGUACUAAGUGACUCUUCCGUACAGUUGUCCAUUCGUCAUUUGCCAUCCAGCUUGCGUUUUUGCAAACCUACCCACAAUAAAACAGGUACAUUUUGAGCUUUCAUAGAUUUUUCUGGGUGAAACCUUUCCAAAUCACUAUGCUCGUUCGAGCAAAUGUACAUAUAAUUAACGUAUUAGCGUGUGCCAAUCCAAGCCACUAUAUUACCACAUUACUUGUGAAACAUAACUUUAUGUUCAUAUGGCACAGCGCUCUCCGUAUCCCUUUGUAUUGAAGCUCACUACAUACAGGCAGGACUGCCAUUAUAAAGCCUAAUGUUGAAACAUCAUUCCCUGAGAACCAUGAUGCUGGUACUGUGUGAUUAAGGAGUAUAUCUGUCAUUUAUGGGAAAAUUAACGGUCAGAGAUGGCAUCUGUGUUACUAGCCACAGUGUCGCCAUAUUCAUUUCAAUAUUAUAAUCAUAAUAAAAUGUUUGUUGACUGA